AUGGCACACGAUGGGACGCUCGCCUCCGAGGCUAAACACGCCGCCGAUGCUGAGCAGGAGAUGACACUACUUAGGGCUGUUAAGCUAUAUCCCAAGGCUAUCUUUUGGUCAGCGCUACUCUCGUCGACGCUCAUCAUGGAAGGCUACGAUCUAUCACUGCUAGGCAACCUCUACGCAUCCAAGGAGUUCAACAAAAAAUUCGGCACUUACAGCGAAUCGGCUGGCAAGCAUGUUGUCUCUGCUGCUUGGCAGUCGGGGUUAUCCAACGGUGCACGCGCCGGUGAGAUUCUCGGGCUCCUCCUCGCUGGUUGGGUCUCGGAUCGGUACGGAUACAGGAUCACCACCAUAGGGUCAUUGAUCCUGAUGAUCAUGUUCAUUUUUGUCUUGUUCUUUGCGCCGAAUAUUCAGGUUUUGGUUGUGGGCGAAGUGCUAUGUGGUAUUCCUUGGGGGGCUUUCCAGUCCGUUUCGCCUGCAUACGCAUCCGAAGUAGCUCCUGUUGUGCUCAGGCCGUAUCUGACCACCUUCAUCAACAUGUGUUGGGUUAUCGGUCAAUUCUUUUCAGCUGCCGUGAACAAAGGUUCUAAUACUCGGCCUGACGAAUGGGCCUAUAGAAUUCCCUUUGCAGUUCAAUGGGUUUGGCCCAUACCCAUCCUAGUUGGGCUUGUUUUCGCACCCGAAUCCCCAUGGUGGUACAUCCGACACGGCAACAGAGAAGCGGCCAAAAGCUCUCUUUUGAGACUGACAUCGCGAAACGAUCCAAAUUUCAACGUCGACGAGACAAUUGCUAUGAUCGAGCACACUAAUGAGCUUGAGAAGAAGAUAAAGGAAGGAGUUACGUAUUUGGACUGCUUCAAGGGUGUUGACUUGAGGCGAACCGAGAUUGUAGUGGGUGUCUGGCUUGUACAGACUCUCGGUGGUCAAAACCUCAUGGGCUACUUUGCUUACUUCUUAACUCAGGCUGGAAUGGACCCGUCCAACUCCUUCUCCCUCUCCAUGGCGCAAAACGCACUCGGCAUAGUUGGUACCGCGGGCUCCUGGUUCCUAAUGUCUCGUGUUGGCCGGCGGACCAUCCACUUCAGCGGUUUCUGUUGCCAGCUCCUCAUUCUCAUCACGGUCGGAUCUCUAUCCUUUUCACAAGCCAACAAUUCCAUAUGGGCUAUCGGGGCGAUGCUGAUCAUUUUCACGUUCGUUUACGACUUUACUGUUGGGCCUGUAACUUACUCCCUGGUCUCGGAGUUGUCCUCAACACGACUAAAGGCGAAAACCAUCGUGCUCGCACGCGCAGCUUACAAUGCAAGCAAUAUUUUUGUGAACGUUAUGACUAACUACCAACUCUCCUCUACAGCAUGGAACUGGGGCGCGAGGACCGCCUAUUUCUGGGCUGGAUCCUGCCUGCUAUCUACUACCUGGGUGUUCUUCCGACUACCUGAGCCUAAGGGUAGAACAUAUGCCGAGUUGGAUAUGCUUUUCGAGCACCGUGUUUCCGCACGCAAGUUUGCUCAAACUAAGAUGGACCCAUUCUCACAGCAGUUGGAUGAUAACACGGCGAGUACCUCGACUGAGAAACCCUAA